CGUCCACUCGAUUGAUACGUUCAACUCUCCUGUUGUUAAGAGAAUGCGCCGACCAAGAUGAGGUUUCGAACCCAAAUAGCCAACGCGUCAACAUUCGCGAAGCUAACAGCCUCCCUCUCAUCCCUGGGCAAAACCUGCUGGAUGCGACUCGAGGAAGGCUUCAUUCGAUUCACCAUCAUCCCCGACCAAGGUACACAAGUAUGGGCCCAGUUGCCCGUAGACGCCAUCUUCGAGGAAUCAACCUACAUCCUCGAAUCCAACACCGGAUACAUCAACCUAGAAGUAUCCGUCGACGUGCUCCACCGGGCCCUCCGCUCCGCCGUCGCAGCAAAACUCUCGCACAUCCGCCUGACCAAAAAAGGUAACCUGCCUCUCCUGGCAUUGACCAUCCGCACGACAUCGUGGUCGAAUGCGCCCAACGCGCUGGGCCUUCCUCCCGACACAUCCACCACCACCACCACCACCACCACCACCCCAACAACAGCAACAAACCCCCCGACACCAACAACCCAGCCCGCCCCCCGGCCCCCGCGAACGCGAAACGCCGUCGAAGGCCUCCACCAGCCGCGCUGCCGGGACCCUGACGUGCACAUCAUGCUCCCCAGCCUGCUCCAGCUCAAGAGCAUCUCGGAGCGAUACACGAAACUAGCCACGGAAUCCAAGACCAUGGCGGCGGGAGCCACCACAUCCACGUCGACCUCCGCGUCGGGUCCGAAACUCGAGAUAUCGGCGAACAUGCACGGGUCGCUGAAGUUGGCCAUCGUCGGCGAUGCCUUCUCCAUUUCUACCGUGUGGAGCGAUCUGCUGAAUCCGAGCCUCGAUCAUACCGGGCUGGAUCAGGAGGCCGUGGAGCGGUUGCCCAGUGAGAGGAUGAGGGGGGUGGCGGCGGAUGAUGAGAAGGGUUGGGCGAAGGUCAGGGUGGAUGGGAAGGAUUGGAGUAAGGUGUUGAGUGUGGGGAGGUUGAAUCCCAGGGUUAUUGCUUCUUUCAUCCACGAGACCGCGCUGGUACUCUACGUUUUCCUGCCGGGGAGCUGGAACGACGAGGAGUCUUGUUUGACGUAUUAUAUCAACUCUUACUCAAUUUAAUGGCGAUGAUUGUCAUGACCGGUUAAUGAAUCUUUUAAGAAGCGUACCCCGGAUGUAAAGCAUCUACUGGGGGAUGAUAGUAUGUAUGUACUUGAGCUAGAGAUCUAGGAGGCACCGUGUAACGACGCUACCGUCGUCAACAAAGAAUAAUAGUUACUAUAUAGUGAAGCGUAUACUGGUG